CAUGGCGUCAAUUGCAAAGACAGGGCAAACAGUGGAGCACUAGAUGUUUGCUAGACCACUGUUUUUUGCUUCUGUUCUCCGUGGACUGCUUAGAUAGAACCUGGGAGACGUCCAAACUACGCAAUGGAGGUGGUGACGUUUGAGGAUGUGGUUGUGAACUUCAGCAUUGAGGAGUGGACUUUGCUGAGUCCAUCCCAAAAGAACCUCUACAGAGAUGUGAUGGGAGAAACCUUUAGGAACAUGACUGCAAUAGGAGGACUUGGGGAUAUCCAGGAAGCUGAAAAAGAAUGCCAAAUUUACUGGAGAUACUUAAGAAAUGACAAGCUAGGGAAAUCUUAUGGACAUACAUCUUGGAAUCAGUGUAAAGAAGUAUCCCCUUGUAAUGCAGAAGCGGUACCAGGGAUCGAACUCACGACUGCCUGCUUGCAAGGCAGGUGCUUAUGCCGCUGAGCUAAAUCCCCAGCCCCGAGCCCAGUGUUGAUUAUGUUGUUUAAUUUUGAACAUGCUGGUGAGAUUAUGUGUCAAACAUUUACCUGAAUAAUUUUGUGUGUGUUCCUUAGGAAUAUUAGCCAACAGAGUGUUUUCAUUUAUAUUAUUUUUAACACAUUAUUGUCUGGCUUCAUUCUCAGGAUUAUUUUGUUACUUAAAAGAAGUUGAUGGUGGUUUUUCCUUCAACUUGAUUGAAGAAUUGAAAAACAAUCAGUAUUUAUUCUUUAUUGUAUACUGCAUAAAAUUCACCAGUGCACUUAUUGUAUCCCAGCUUUGUUGUUGUUAUUAAGCAGCUGUGAUGUUUACCCAUUGCCUGUGCUCCUUAUUGCUCUGUUAAUCAGACUAUUUCCUUCUGAUGCAUGUGGUUUGGGGACAUCAAUGCUCACCACAUAUCCUUUAAGGUUCAUGUCACAUUUUAUUUACGGAUGCUACCAUUUACUUUUGUAUCUUCAAACUAUCUCCAUAAUAUAUAAUUUUGUGAGUAACUUCUUUCAGUUACUCAGUUUUUAAUGCACACUCUUGCAGGGUUUGUUUACUGCUGGAGGAAACUGGGGCUGGUGAGGGCCUGGUCUCUUAUUUAAGACUUUGUACCCUGACCUGCCUGCAGUGUCCCCAUCUCCUGACCUGCUCCCUGUAAACAUCUGUCCUCCUCCAUAGAUAUGGUGAGUCCAUAUGUUGCAGUUCAGAUCUGCACCUGGGUGGAAAACAUUCAGUCAAUUUGAGCUCUGUAACAGACUGACCUUCUCAUACAGAGCUCCUCUGAGUGAGACAGGGGGCCUCAGGGAUGUAAGGAGGAGCUCAGGAACCAUUCCAGCUCUCUCCUGUCCAGUGUGCAGUGUGUGACACUUUCCUUAGAACUCACUGAUGGAUGAGGCAGCCUGGACUAGGCCUUUUGGGGCCCUGGUUCCUGCUAGGUGCCAUGGUGUCCUGCUCCUCUGCUGAACUAUCUCUCUGACUUCAGAUCUCCACAGAGAUCUGAGCAGACUCAGUCUUCCUCUACCAGGCUCUAACUGUAUGCUGAGGCUUCAGGUGAAAUAUCUGCGACCCUCCAAUUCAUCUUAUAUACAUUUAACCUGGAAACUCCACUUCUAAGGGUCAUUAUAAAAAAUGAGAUUGAUAAACACCAUAUUCUCUUCUUAAUCAGUUAAGGUGUGGACAGUUAGAAACCAUGAAUGUACCACAGCACAGCUGCUGAGUUAAU